AUGGAGUCCUCCCAUUCACAUGACGUGGUCACUUUCUCCCUGGACGCCCAGGUUGAGUAUGACCCUUGCAAGCCCUUAUUCAUCGAUCCCCAGGAGCCCUGUCAGUCUCUCAAUGCCACCCAAUUCAGGUUCCUAGUGCACACUCUGAUUGCCGGGCUGAAGGCCCAUGGCCUGGAUCGUGGUGAUUGCAUCUUACUUCAUUCGGGGAACAACGUUCUCUACACAGCCCUGUUCCUCGCCAUCAUUGGCGCAGGUGGCGUUUACAUGGGCUCCAACCCACACAGCCAACUGCAAGAGCUCAACCACACUGUCUCCCUAACCCAUCCCAAAUGGAUCAUCACCGAGCCAGAGGGAUCUUCAACUGUGCUUACCAUUGCUAACAAGCACAAUUUGCCUGACGACCAUGUCCUCCUUGUAGACGAUGCCACCAUCACCGAGACCAUCCGGUUCGUGCACGACCCAUCCAUUCCUCCUCCCCAGAAUACAGAUAAGCCCAACCUCCUCACCCUUCUAUCGCACGGCACCUCUGCUCCCCUCGCCAUCCCCGACGCAGCAACCGCAGCCUCCACCCCAGCAGCCCUCUACUCCACCAGCGGCACCACCGGCCUUCCUAAAGCCGCCGUGCUCUCCCAUGCCUCUCUCAUGGCCCAACACGCCUCCAUCGCCCACUCUCCUCCCUACCCAGUGACUCGCCUCAUAUCCCUUCCCAUUUUCCACCUCUUCAGCUCCCUCUGGACACACCUCUUUCCCAUCCGCUACGGCGAACCCCUCUACCUCCUCCGCGACUUCCAACUCCCUGUCUUCCUGUCCACUGUGCACCAAUACCAAAUCACCGAGACCUACCUCGUCCCUGCCAUGGUUCAUAUGCUCAACCAAGCACCUGCCACUCUGGAUGUCAAAACCCGCCUCUCCUCCCUCCGAUACAUCGGCGUUGCAGGGGCCCCUAUCGAUCGUGCCUCUAUGUCUGCUUUCCAGGACUUGUUGCACCCGGAUGCCUGUGCAGGCCAAGUCUGGGGUAUGACGGAGUGUGGGGUCGUUUUUCAACAAUGCUAUCCUGCGAAUGGCAGAUCAGGACAGGGCGAUCUAGGUAGUAUUGGGCCUGUCACUGUAGGGUGUGAGGCACGACUUGUGUCUGGUGCCGAAGUGGUCAAGGAUGAUGAAGUCCCAGGACAAUUGUACGUGAGAGGAGCGGGCUUAUUCACGGGUUAUCUGGGACGUAAUGAGUCAAUGGUUGAUGCUGAAGGCUGGUUCGAUACCGGCGAUGUGGCCUAUGUCAAGAACGGCGAGUAUUUCAUCGUCGGAAGAACGAAGGAGUUAAUUAAAGUGCGGGGAUACCAAGUCUGUCCCGCCGAAAUCGAAGCCGUGCUGCUUCAGCAUCCACUCAUCGCGGACGUCGCAGUCAUCGGCACCUGUCUUUCCGAUGGGAGCUCGGAGGCUCCCCGCGCGUAUGUUGUGCGAGCUAGAGCCCCCGGUGCUAGAAUCAGUUCCGAUGAGGUGUAUGAUUUUGCGCGUCAGCGGUUGGCGGCGUAUAAGGCGUUGGAUGGGGGCGUGUUCUUCGUUGAUAGGAUCCCGCGGACUGUUAGUGGGAAGAUUCAGAGGGGGAAGCUGGCGAGUAUGAAUGAGAGACGGGAUGCAUUGGCGGGGUUGUUGGCGAGGUUUAAGGCGAAGGAUGUUGGGGGGCUGAAAGGGAGGGCGUCUGUGGUGGUUUAG